AUGGCGCGAGAAGCGCAGUGCCGUCCAGAAGAAGAAUGGAGAGUCGACGAUGAAAUACCGACAGAAAGAUCAGAAAGGAGGGUGGUGCAACUGACGCCGUCCAGCGAGGCUGUUGCCCUUGUGGGCCCCUCUCGUGCGGAUGGAUGUGCGGAUCGAGAUAUGGAUCGGGAUGACACAGAAAUUGACGCGGCCCCCAGUGACGGCUACGUUUGUCCCAGCUGCCCAUUUCCAUGGUACGCCCUGCGCUAUCCUGGGGAGGUGUCGAGACAGCACCGCCGAGGGCGGAGGCUUUUCGACCCAUCAAGUGGCCAGCCCAAAUUCGCAGACAAGGUGUUGAAAGGCAUUAUGGAGCAGGUCCUCUCUCGCUCCAAGAUUUGGCGCACGGGCUUCUUUUUUGACGAAGGGUCCGGCGCGGUCUUCGGGGAAGAGACCACAGUCGAACAGAUUGCUCAGCUUCUCGGUGAUGAAGAGUCGGAGGAGCUAGAUGAGAGACCCAGCCUCAAUCGCGGCUGCCGGUCAUCUGUGUCACAACUUUCAUUGAAUUCAGCCCGGUCACAUGCGUCUCAUUUUCACGGCGUUUCUGGGCAGUCCGGACGACGUUUCACGAGAGGCAUGACAUCAGACAGUUUCGGAAAGAAGGAGGCUCUGAAAGCUUGGAGACCCGAUGAAGAUAGCUCCUAUGCUUGCCUCCUGUCCCAGCAGUCUUACAUCAAAAGUUUAAGUCGUAGUUUGCUCAUGGUGGUCCUGGCCUCCUUUGAUAAAAUCACCUCCAUCGCGCUCUGCAUUAGCCUUUGCACUGACAAGGAGUUCAUUGAGCUGAGGGAGUCAUGGGAAGGUGUGCUUGUUGUGCAGUCCAUCAUAAUCUUGUUUGUUGUCUACGUGCUGCUGUGGAUUUUUACAGCAAGAGGCCGCGCAAACGCGCAGGUGCAAGCUGACAUAGACUACGUGGGCGACUUCGUGUGGCCAAACGGUGCGCCUGACAUGGCGUCUGCAACACCGAGGCCAGAAGGAGAUCGUCUCGCUUCUAACUUGGCGAUGCGAAUCUCACUCGCUUACAUGCAGUUGUUCUCGAUCCCGUACUUAGUGACGGACGUUGUUCAGUUGUGCCACCCUCGAAAGGGUGCCAUGCGAUACGCCGCGCUAAGCCAUCGUGGCAAGGUCCCUCGAGUUUUUGCCCUAGGCUACGUCAACAAGGUAAUGUUCCAGUUUGAGGAGACUGUAGGCAUCCUCACCCAACUGCCGAAUUUGGCACUUGUAAAGCUGCCCUGCAUGGCGAUGAAGGUCUACAUGUUUGUUUCGCUGAAGCGCAGCGUCCUCGUUCUGGUGAGCGCAUUGUGGGACUUCCUGUUGUUUGUCGUGAAGGUGUACAUGAUCAUCGCUCACAUUGAUACUGCGCUCAAGUUCAAGAGUUGGCUGGUGGCUUCGCACGCCGAUGCCAGCCGGGCGGCGAGGACGGUGCGGGAGAAGCUGCUGAAGAAGCAUUUCUUUUUUCACGAGUCGCCUGAGAAACCCGGACAUUUGGAGGAUCCUGGCGCGCUGGGAUGGAUUUGGCUGCUCUUCGGCAGAUGUCAGGAGGAGCAGCGGAGCCCGACCGGCUACCUCGGCCGAUGGACACAAAUCAGUUCUACUCUACCUUCCAGUCCGAACUGGCCUGCCAGCCCGACCAAGCCGUUUAUGCCGGGACCGGGACGUUCGACCAGUGAGAUGUCACUUUCCGGCAGUUGGGUGGAGCACUCCGUUCCCCUGAAGAUGGCACGCUCCAUUUUGGCACCAAGGCCGGGGGAAGAAGUCGGCAGAAAGACCGUGUUCGCAAGUGGCAUUCCAACGAUUCCCUCCAAAGUCGUUGACGGACUGUCGUUGGUGCAUCCAGGAACCAGUUCGGUUUGCUACGAGUUCUGGUACACUGCUCAAGGCCAGAUAAGAUAUGACGACCCGAUUGAGCUUCAAAGCCCGAAGGCUGAUGAAGAGACCCUGCACCUCAACGUGAACCAGGUGGACGAAGACUGGAUGUACGGUCGGCUAGUGACGACAAGCAGUUUCUCCAUGAAGCUCUGUGAGGUUCUUGCGCGCUCCGGGUGCACUGCGUUCUACAACAUUGCAAUGCUGAAUUUGCUAUCCGAGAUUGUUUCAACAAAGGAGUUGGCGAGCCGCUUCGACUCCUAUAUCCUCUGCCUUUUCCUUAUCUCGCGGUGUCUUUGGGUAUACAUUGCUCAUCGGCGUGCCCAAAGGGCCCUUAUCCUGGACUGGCACGACAAGGGCGAGUAUGUGACCAAUGUUGGCUUCUUUGGCAGGUUGGAGCUGAUGUUUAGCAUCACAGUGGUGGAAAUGUUCUUGAUCCCGAGGAUAGUCCGAGACAUCGUGUCCCUGCUUCAUCCCGACAAGCGGUGCCAUCCAUUCGCUGCCUUUGGCGGAAAGCUGUAUGGUCCUCGUUCCUUCAUUCUGGGCUUCCCAACGAAGGACAUGUACAUCACAGAGAGCCUUCAUGGCAUAGUGUCUCAAGUGCCGGUUCUGGUGGCAGAUGUCAUCAUCACCGUCAGCCUGUGUUGGACGCUGCGCGCCAAGAUAGGCCUCUUCUACUUCUUCAUUCCCGAAGACCGGGAACAUUGGUUGUGGUGCCGAUGCAUGACGUGGCUCGUGCUGGUUCUCACAGUUCUGAACUUUGUCUUGAAGGUGACUUUGUUUCGGCGAUAUUUGUGGGCUCGCAGACGCUAUCGGGCCUGGCUCAAAGUGAAGCUGAACGACGCAAGUCAGCCCGAUGCGUGCAGGCGCGCGCUGAGAAAGGAGUGGCGUGCUUAUUUCGGUGAGCUAAGCCAGACGCUCGUGCACGAGCCACUGAGCCCCUGA